AUGAUCAAGCAGAUCAUCACCGUCUUUGGCGCCACUGGAAAGCAGGGCGGCUCUGUCGUCGAUAGCAUACUUGGCGACGCCACCGCCUCGGCUAAGUUCGUUGUUCGCGCGGUGACGCGGGACGUGAACAAGCCCAGCGCGAAGGCGCUUGCGGCCAAGGGUGCUGAAGUCGUCUCUGCUAACUUGGAUGACAAGGACUCGCUGCGUAGCGCGAUCAAGGGCUCGUACGGCGUCUUUGCGGUCACUAACUUCUGGGAGUACCUCAAUGGCGACAGAGAGGUCGCCCAGGGCAAGAAUAUCGCGGAUGUCUGCAAGGUUGCUGACGGCUGCGCCCAGGAGGAGAGCGUCCAACAUACGAUCUGGAGCAGCGUGCUCAAUGUCACGAAGCUCAGCAAGGGCGUCCUCUCGAAGGUCGCCCACUUCGACAGCAAGGCCACGAUCGAGGAGUAUAUCCGCGACCUCGGCAUCCCCGCUACCUACUUCCUCGCCGGCUUCUACAUGUCCAACUUUCCCGGGCAGACCCUCUCCAUCUCGCCCGACGGCAAGUGGACACUCGCCCUGCCCAUGCCCGACGACGCCCCAAUCCCGCUCUUCGCGGCCGAGUACGACACGGGCAAGUUUGUCAAGGCCAUAUUCCUCAAGCGCGAGGAGACGCUUGGCAAGCGCGUCUAUGGCGCGACGGCGUAUACGACACCGAUCCAGAUCGUCGACGGCUUCAAGAAGGUUUUCGGGAAGGACGCGGUAUACAAGCGGCAGACGGGCGACGAGUAUAAGGCUACGCUUGCUGCGCGGGGGUACCCGGAGGCCAUACAGGAAGAACUGCUGCAGAACAUGCGUCUCGUCUACGAGUUCGGGUACUACGGUGGCGACAAGCUGGACUGGAGCGUGUCCCUUGUCGACGAGCCUCUCACGACGUGGGAGGAGUACAUUAAGGACCAGCCCGCUUUUGCGGCGGCGAAGCAGUAG